UCUUCCACCCGUGGACUCGUCAGGGCGUGAGGACCUACCUCACGUGACCAUUAGCAGCCUCCCGAUUGGUUUUGCUCCUUUUCUCUCCCCAAUCAGUGGGCUGAUGCGCCGAGAAGGUCGGGCGCAUGCGCAGUGCUCAGAUUUUGCUUGGCUACCCGGAGUGAAGCGAACGGGUUGGGCGAUAAACAGGCCGUGGCUAGGGAGGACGGAGAGGGGGCGUUCGCUCCUCUUGGACUUUUCAUGCCUCGUUUUUUUUCCCAGAUGUGGCUUGGUCUGGACGCAAGGUCCCAGCAGCCAGCUUAAGCUUACUCUUUUGUGAAAAGGGAAAGUAUCCCCUGUGGAAAGCAGUUAAACUUGUGGAGGGAGUGCGAGACGUGAGUUCUCCCCCAUGCCAGGCGAAUGGUGUGGCCUUGAGCUGGUCCAGGAGCCGGCUCGACGUGUCUGAGGGAGGCCCCAGAGGGGGCGGGGAGGUGGCCCUGAGAACGCGGGUUCUGUAAAGAGACGUUGGGAAGAUUCGAUUCCGAGAAGAGGAAGAGCCGGAUUGAAAGAGAGCCAGGCCUCUGAGUGGGAGGGGGCUGCUAAGAUGGCGUCGGCCUCCUCCGGGCCGUCGUCUUCGGUCGGUUUUUCAUCCUUUGAUCCCGCGGUCCCUUCCUGUACCUCGUCCUCAGGUUUCAACUUUCUGUGCUGUGGCGUCAGCCAUAAGAGAGCAUCUGGAAUCAAGAGACCUGUGGCACCUGAGGUCUUGGAAGCUAAACAGGAUUCUUACAUCUCAUUGGUGCCUUAUGCCUCUGGCAUGCCCAUCAAGAAAAUAGGCCAUCGAAGUGUUGAUUCCUCAGGAGAGACAACAUACAAAAAGACAACUUCAUCAGCCUUGAAAGGUGCCAUCCAGUUGGGCAUUACCCACACUGUGGGGAGCCUGAGUACCAAACCAGAGCGUGAUGUCCUCAUGCAAGAUUUCUACGUGGUGGAGAGUAUCUUCUUCCCCAGUGAAGGGAGCAACCUGACCCCUGCUCAUCACUACAAUGACUUUCGUUUCAAGACCUAUGCACCUGUUGCCUUCCGCUACUUCCGGGAGCUAUUUGGUAUCCGGCCCGAUGAUUACUUGUAUUCCCUCUGCAGUGAGCCGCUGAUUGAACUCUGCAGCUCUGGAGCUAGUGGUUCCCUUUUCUAUGUGUCCAGUGAUGAUGAGUUCAUUAUUAAGACAGUCCAACAUAAAGAGGCGGAGUUUCUGCAGAAGCUGCUUCCAGGAUACUACAUGAACCUCAACCAGAACCCUCGGACUUUGCUGCCUAAAUUCUAUGGACUGUACUGUGUGCAGGCAGGUGGCAAGAACAUUCGAAUUGUGGUGAUGAACAAUCUUUUACCAAGAUCGGUAAAAAUGCAUAUCAAAUAUGACCUCAAAGGCUCAACCUAUAAACGGCGGGCUUCCCAGAAAGAGCGAGAGAAGCCUCUUCCCACAUUUAAAGACCUAGACUUCUUACAAGACAUCCCUGAUGGUCUUUUUUUGGAUGCUGACAUGUACAACGCUCUCUGUAAGACCCUGCAGCGUGACUGUUUGGUGCUGCAGAGCUUCAAGAUAAUGGAUUAUAGCCUCUUGAUGUCAAUCCAUAAUAUAGAUCAUGCACAACGAGAGCCCUUAAGCAGCGAAACACAGUACUCAGUUGACACUCGAAGACCAGCCCCCCAAAAGGCUCUGUAUUCCACAGCCAUGGAAUCCAUCCAGGGAGAGGCUCGACGGGGUGGCACCAUGGAGACUGAUGACCAUAUGGGUGGCAUCCCUGCCCGGAAUAGUAAAGGGGAAAGGCUUCUGCUUUAUAUUGGCAUCAUUGACAUUCUGCAGUCUUACAGGUUUGUUAAGAAGUUGGAGCACUCUUGGAAAGCCCUGGUACAUGACGGGGACACUGUCUCAGUGCAUCGCCCAGGCUUCUACGCUGAACGGUUCCAGCGCUUCAUGUGCAACACAGUAUUUAAGAAGAUUCCCUUGAAGCCUUCUCCCUCCAAAAAGUUUCGGUCUGGCUCAUCUUUCUCUCGGCGAGUAGGCUCCAGUGGCAACUCCUGCAUUACUUACCAACCAUCGGUCUCUGGGGAACACAAGGCACAAGUGACAACAAAGGCGGAAGUGGAGCCAGGCGUUCACCUUGGUCGUCCUGAUGUUUUACCUCAGACUCCACCUUUGGAGGAAAUCAGUGAGGGCUCACCUAUUCCUGACCCCAGUUUCUCACCUAUAGUUGGAGAGACUUUGCAAAUGCUAACUACAAGUACAACCUUGGAAAAGCUUGAAGUUGCAGAGUCAGAGUUCACCCAUUAAGCGCAAAGCCUCAGAAGACCUGGAAUAAGAUUCUGCCAUCUCUGUGAUCCCGAGAUGUGUCAGGCCUUGCCCCAUCAAUGCUGAAUUUUCUUCUACUUGGUCAUCAAAAAAGGAGUGUAAUAGAAGCGAGGGGAGCUCCUCCUCCAUCUUCUUACUGAAGAAGAACCUCCUCUCCUUCCCCUUCCUCAUGAAUGGGCAUUAGUGCCUCAGACAGUUGAGGACCGAAGCAUCCCCUCCACUCCAGAGUUGGGUGGUACGGAUUUUCAACUGGCUAACCCUUGGCCUCCACAAUUGAAUUUUUUUCAGACCCCCAUUCUUCAUGCUGGAAAUGGGAUUGCUGUACUUGGCAGUUUUCUUUCCCCUCAUCUUUGACCAGGAACUGGACUUUUAGUUUCCUCAGGACAGACUAGCUGGCACAUUAUCUCCACCUUAGUUCUUUCUCCCUGAUCCCUGGAAGAAUACCCCUGUAAUCUCUGUAAAGGUUUUUGGGGGGAUAAGGGAGUUUAACCACCUCUCAGCGUUCUUUUUUUUUUUUUUUUUUUUUUUCCCUGAAAAAAGGAAAAAGCGCACAGCACACAGUUUCAAGCCAGCUUCAGAUCAAAACUCCAGAAGUGUUGACAAGAUGCCUAUUCGUAGGGUUCCCUCAGAAGAGCCAUGGUGUUUGUGAAGAGAAGAGUAGUGAUUGCUCUGCCAGAAGCAGCUCCUCUUUAAGCUCCACCUUUCUUGAUGAAUUUCUUAAGGCUGAAGGAAUGGAGAGUGGGACAUGGGGUAAUCUUUACCCCUUUUGUUAAAACAGGAGGCAGCCAUGGGCUGGGAGAUCAUAGCCCUUCCUAGGCAGAAUCCUGUUCACUGCCAAGCUAUAAUAAUUAUUACUAUUUUGCAAUUUGAAAUAUAUUCUGGUUGAUUUUCUUUUUUUUUUUUUUUGAGACGGAGUCUUGCUCUGCCGCCCAGGCUGGAGUGCAGUGGCCGGAUCUCAGCUCACUGCAAGCUCCGCCUCCCGGGUUCACGCCAUUCUCCUGCCUCAGCCUCCCGAGUAGCUGGGACUACAGGCGCCCGCCUCCUCGCCCGGCUAGUUUUUUGUAUUUUUUUAGUAGAGACGGGGUUUCACCCUGUUAGCCAGGAUGGUCUCAAUCUCCCGACCUCGUGAUCCGCCCGUCUCGGCCUCCCAAAGUGCUGGCAUUACAGGCUUGAGCCACCGCGCCCGGCCUUCUGGUUGAUUUUCUAAAUGUGAAGACUUACUAAAUGAAUUUUAGAUCAUUCUCCAAAGGAGAUUUUUUUGCUCUUCUCAUCUUUUCCAACAGUGUUCUCCUGUUUGUGGAGCUAAGGUGAAGAGGGGACACCUGUCUGUUUUAUCAGGCAGUCCGUAUCUAUGAGACCAGGAAAUAUUUUCUUAAACUCAUGGGGAGACAGCAGAUUCUUGCCUUGGUGAGGUCAUUGCUGUGCCAUAUGUCCUACCCCCCUGUCUUCAUGCAGGGAAGUUGGAAAUGGGGGCUACAUAUGCUCUCUCCUCCCCAUCUACAAGAGUUGUGGUUUUCCAUCUGAUUCUUCCACUCUUGUCAGGGGAAGAAGGGGGCCUGGUAUCUCAGGCAGAUUGUUGAAUUCUUGUUCUAUCCCUUCUCUAUCCCACCCUGCCUUGAUAAUAUGUUAGCCCAUACCCCAAAUAACUGUCUAUAUUAGACACCCCCAGCCAGUUUCUGGCUGCCUGUCUUUGCUGCCAUGUUCUUUUUUACAAGAAGGAAAGAGUUCUUGCUAUUUUUUUUCAUAAUUUACUAUUUAUGAUGUAUUUAAGUGUUUUAUUAAGGACACAGUUCUGUUAGGGGUGGGAGGGAAUAUUUAAGGGAGGGCUGGGUCUUAGGGAAAGGAAUGGGGAAUCAACAUUUUUAUGAAGUGUCACUAUUUGCCUUUACUUUGUAUUGUUCAGAAAUGGCAAAUACAAUAUAAAAGUGAUACAUGGUUUUAAUGUAAUAAACUUUAAUCGGUUAUUUAGA